UUGGAUCAUCGAUAAACAACUGUUGGAAAGUAUUGUUCUCUGCGGAGACCUAAGAAACUACUCCUACUUAAAUCAAACGUAAAGAUGACAACGGAAGAAUUCAAAGUUAUUUUAGUAGGGGAAAGCGGUGUAGGAAAGACAAGCUUUGUAAUUAGAUUUGCAGAAGGGCGUUUUCAGAAUGUUUACGAGAGCACCGUUGGAGUUGAUUGCAAGAAGGUUAAAAUGGACAUCGAUGGAACACCUGUCGAGCUACAGAUCUGGGACACAGCCGGACAAGAAAGAUUCAAAAGUAUUAUAAACAGGUUCUUCCGUGCAUCCCAUGGUGCAAUCAUAAUGUAUGAUGUAACCAAAAAAAUAACGUUCGAUGAAGUGCCGUGGUGGCUGAAAGAGGUGAACAGUACUUUGUCUGGUAUCCCAAUUUUCUUAGUAGGCAACAAAACAGACGAUCUUUCCCAAUACGAAGUGUUAGAAGAAUUAGCUCAAGACUUUGCUGAAGAAAAUCGGCUCUAUUUCUAUCAAACAAGUGCUCUAGACAACAAGAACGUUACAGAAGUUUUUCAAAAAAUGGCUUCUAUGAUGCUGGAAGACAGACGCAAAGUAGAAGAACCUGACGAGAGCUCGAGGUUAUUUGAGAGAAGCAACGACUCUGCCUAUGACGUUCGAACAUUUUUUCUGAAACCAAAUCCUCCCCAACAGAAAAAGUCAUGUUGCAACCGCUUUGAAUCAUCAGACACAAAAGCACAUGUUGUUUAAACACUUUAGAGCUUGAAAUGCAUUCAGAAUGUUAAAAAAAAACAUGCGUUUUAUGCAUGUAAUAUACUUUAGUGUAUAUUUAUGUGGAACGGUUUUGGAAUUGUUUGUCUAUAUUCAUAUGGAAAUGUGCAUUGUACAGAUAUUAGAAACAACACAAUAUGCCCAACUUCUUUUAUUUUCAUAACAUUUUUUUCCCUUAAUUUUCAUGAAAAUAAGCUAUUAUUUUUCCGAAAAUACCUUUAGUAAUAAAUUAAGAUGCAUCAUGAGUAUUAGAGCUAUUUCAAUUAAUUCCUACAUUUCACGUUAGAUUCAUUUUAUUAAUGCAAUGAUCUGUAAUAUAAACUAUUUCUCUGUACAUUUAUCAUGUUUCUUAUUAACCAUCGACUUUUAUUUGUAGUAGUGAAACAAAGACCUCUUUUAGAAACAGUAACAAUUCAGAAUGAUUUAACAGAACUUGUUGAAUCAAAAUACAUAAUGCUGUCAAAAUACACAAUGAUCGAAAGACAAUUGACUUUUUAAAGCCUUAUAAUUAUUUAACUACUACAGAAAAAUAAAACCUAAAGAUUUUUGUUUUUAAUGAUUUUUUAUACAUAUAUCAGUUUUAGUUUUGCUCAAAAAGUGGCACUGGAGCUGAACUAAUGUAAUAAUGUAACCGUACAGCUCAUUUUUUUCGAUAAAAGUUUGAAUAUAACGACUAUUAAAUGUGUUUCCAAUCACUGAGAAGUACAGUCAUUUGGCGGUAGACAACACCUUGCUCAGUCUUAAAUGGAAUUUUAGAGGAUAUACCAGACACAUGAUAGCAUGUUGUUUCUUUUAAUUCAGCCGAAGAAGUAAACUAAUAUCUAUAAACAGGUGAAUCUAAAUAGUCUCACAACCAGAAGCCACAAGGUGUACGAUCAGGAGACCAUGGAUACCAUUUAUUUAAAAAACGUCGACUAAGGACAUUUCUUUCCUUUAAAAGUGUCGUAACAGGAGUGGCUAUGAGCGGAGGAGCUCCAUUCUGCACAAAUGUUAAGAAGAUGACUUUAUUUUUUUAAAUAGCGCAUUAUAUAUUUCACCUGUGACAAAACUGUUUGAAAUGCUUUACAAAGAAGUUCGUCAAAGAUAAAGGGUCCAUUAAUUCAACUUCUGUGCCACCUUUUGGGCACUUUUCAUUAUAAGGAAAUAUCCCCCAUGUGUCUUAGCAUUUCUGUGCAAACCGCUUCAUUUCACUGUAAAAGUUCAAUAAAAGUUUUGAAAACUCUACAGACUUUUGAACCAUCCUGUAUGUUUUUAAAAUAAAAGCAAAGGUUAUUACAUGCAAUGUUUAAAUAUAAAUGAAACUGGAUUUAAAAAAAAUGCGUUAAAAAUCUUACGAUGUGGGUUAAUGGUGGUGUAGUUUUUCCAGUCUCAUGCUCUGUCCUACAAAUUAAUAAUAAAUUGCUUUAAAACGUAGGACAAAAUCCGGAAUUUACUUAUUUUGUUCUUUUUUUCAUUCUAUAGUUAUUUAAACUAAAAAUUGAGUUUCCGGUAUUUUGUCACCUAAGUUUCGUUGCCAUUUUUAAUUCUUUAUUUUUCCUUUCUUUGACUUGCGUUACUGAGAUGAGAUUAUUGUUCUUGAUUGGAUUAAUGAGUAAUAGUUAAAUAUAAUUUUAGAGCAAUAAGUAAUCAGCAUCCAA